AUGUCUGAGACUGACUGGGUCGGGGCGCGGGGCCCGCGGGAAGUGAUGGAGCAGAAAGUCCAAGGUCAGCUGAACAUUGGCUUCCAGAGGAGUUCCACGUCAGAUGACGACUCCGGCUGUGCCCUGGAGGAGUACGCCUGGGCACCGCCUGGCCUCAGACCCGAACUGGUCCAGCUGUAUUUCUCCUGUCUGCCUGAGGACAAGGUUCCUUACGUUAACAGUCCUGGAGAGAAGUUCAGAAUGAAACAACUCCUCUAUCAGCUGCCUCCACAUGACAACGAGGGGCGCUACUGUCAGUCUCUCAGUGAGGAGGAGAAGAAGGAGCUCCACAUGUUCAGUGUCCAGAGGAAGAAGGAGGCGCUGGGGAGGGGCUCGCUCAAACUCCUUCCCCGGGACCUGCUACACAGCGUCUGUGAACAUUGUGGGGAGAACAUCAACGGAGGAGAGAUGGCGGUUUUUGCCUCCAGAGCGGGUCCUGGGCUAGCCUGGCACCCAGCAUGCUUUACAUGCUCCACGUGUAGUGAGCUGCUGGUUGACCUCAUCUACUUCUACCAGGAUGAGAAGAUCCACUGUGGCCGGCACCACGCAGAGCUGCUCAAGCCACGCUGCUCAGCCUGCGACGAGGUUAUCUUUUCUGACGAGUGUACGGAGGCGGAGGGGCGGCACUGGCACAUGAAGCACUUCUCCUGUUUUGAAUGUGAGACGGUGCUGGGGGGGCAACGUUACAUCAUGAAGGAUGGUCGGCCAUAUUGCUGCGGUUGCUUUGAGUCUCUCUAUGCCGAGUACUGCAAGGCCUGCGGGGAACACAUUGGUGUGGACCAUGCCCAGAUGACGUACGACGGUCUCCACUGGCACGCCACCAAGGGUUGUUUCUGCUGUGCCCAGUGUAAGAGCUCUCUGCUGGGCUGUCCCUUCCUGCCCAAGCAGGGCCGGAUCUACUGCUCCAAGGCCUGCAGUCUGGGAGAGGACGUCCACGCCUCAGACUCCUCCGACUCCGCCUUCCAGUCGACGCGCUCCCGUGAGUCCCGCCGCAGCGUACGCAUGGGCAAGAGCAGCCGCUCAGCCGACCAGUGCCGCCAGUCGCUCCUCUUCUCACCCUCCGUCAACUACAAGUUCCCCGGGUUUACCGGUAACCCAGACACCGAUACGCUCACCAACAAGCUGGCCCACCUGGGUUUAACCAACGAGGAGUGCUUCUGGAGGGGGAGGGAGGACACCGAGGGCCCCGAGGACCGGGACGAGGAGGAGUGGGCCGAGCACGAGGACUACAUGACCCAGCUGCUGCUCAAGUUCGGGGAGCACGGAGUCUUCCAGCAAGGUGAGGUGGUCGACUCCAGACCUCCAACCGAUCUGUGGAUGACCGAGGCUGAGGUCAAGAUGAAACAGUGCAGCCAGAGCCUGGCCAGUAAGAAGUACCAGACAGAUGUGUACUGGGCCCAGUCCCAGGACGGGCUGGGGGAUUCGGCCUACGGGAGCCACCCUGGCCCGGCCAGCAGUAGGAAGCUCCAGGAGCUGGAGCACGGCGCUGGGAGCAUCGGAGGUACCAGCUUCCAGAGGGAGGAGAAGCAGUGGUAUGACAACUCUCUGGAGUGCAUCACAGACAAGGUGAAACAGACAGAUCAGAGUGUCAGGGACUCCAUGGACUCACUGGCACUGUCCAACAUCACGGGUGUCUCUGUAGAUGGCGACAGUAAAGAGAGACCUCUGGUCUACUCCUUACAGAGCUUCCAGGAACUCGAGGCUGAGAGAGACUGUGAGAACACAAGCAACAUGGGAACUCUCAACUCCUCCAUGUUACACCGCAGUGCCAAUUCUCUGAAGAGCCUUACGUCUGAGCUGGAGCAGGAGGAGAGCGUACCAGAGGAAGAAGAGAAGGCCCCUCUUCCCUCUCCCCCCAAGCCUCCUCAUGUCCCGGCGUUGAGACGGACUCGAUCCCAGUCUCGACCCCAACAGGUGAAGUUCUCCCCAGACGUCGUGGACAACAGUCGCUAUGGUGACCUGCAGGUGCGCCAGCCCCCGAUGAGCGAGCGGACGCGGCGGCGAGCAUACCAUUUCGAGGAGCAGGACCAGGAGCUUGGUGACUCGGGCUCCGGCCGCUAUCACAACCACCACCACAGGAGACGCCGCAGCCGCAAGUCACGCUCCGACAACGCUCUCCACCUGGUGCCCAAGGAGAGGGCCAAUCGCAUAUACUUCAAAGAGGACCACAGAGGUCAUGGAGGACACGGCUUCAGCUCAAAGAGGCCCCAGCAGCUGGCCUUCCUGCCCAACCAGCAGGGGUAUGGCCAGACCCAGCAUCCCCACCGCCAUCCCCACCAAGCCACCUCAGACUACAGACUCCAGCAAGGCCCAGCCAUGGAGAGGUUCAUGGGGUUGUGUGGGGACAGGGACGAGGAUGACUGGUGCUCCACCUGCUCCUCUUCUUCCUCCGAGUCUGAGGAGGAAGGCUUCUUCCUGGGCCAGCCCAUCCCCCAGACACACAGACACUACUAUGAUGGCCUGCCCAGCCCCGUGGCAGGCCUGCCCUCCCCGCCUUACGGAGCAGGCCCACGGACUAUGUCCAAAAAGAAGAAGGGGCACAAGGGGAAGAACUGUAUCAUUUCAUAAGACUGGAUGUUUUACGGGCCCCUGUCGGUCCACUUUUAAAUGAUACUCUGUCUGCAACCCCCUUCUGAAUCUCUUGUUGUUGCCACUAUUGUGAAUACAGAAAUGGCCCGCUUGUUAAAACUGUCUUGCCAACUGGAUGUAGUACAUGUUAACAUGGUUCUGAUCCUAUUAUUGAAAUGCAUUACAACAAAAACAACACAUUUCAACAAAAACAGAACACGCAUAAACACAUUUCAAAGCUGUUAACAUAAUUGUAUAAAAAAAAAAUGUAUGCAAAUAACUCUGAACAAAUGUAUUUAUAAAAACACCAUUUAGAGACUAACGGAAAUGACUAUUUAACAGUGCAGAUAUUAAUGUAUAUAUUGUAAAGUGUAUUUUUUUUUUAUAACCCUGAGUCAAAUGUUUUUGUAGUGGAAUGGCAUUGAAAGACAAAACUGAUAGCCGUUAUCAAAGAACCUUCUCUUUUCUUAACCAGGUUUUGAAAAAUGAAAAAUAUGAUAUGCUGCCAGCAAAGGUAUGCAGAGUGCAGUUUGACCCUGGGCCUGGUUUCCCAAAAGCUAU